CGCCGGCGGGGCCGCGCUCGGCGCAGGGCGGGAGGGCGCUGCCGGGGGCGCCGGGCGCCCUGAGGGCCCCCCCGGGCAGCGCCCCGCCACCGGCCGGCGAGGGCGGCCCGGCGGGGCCGGUGGCCGCUCGGGGCGGAGCGGAGCUCCCGCGUCCCGGCGCCGGGAACACCAUGGUGCUGCUGUCGGGGGACGGGGAGCAGCUGGCCGGGGAGCGCGUCUGCCCCGCCCCGGCGGCGGCGAAGGAGAUGCCCGGCGCCGAAGCGGAGAGCAGCCCCGAGCAGGGGGCGGCGGGGUCUGCCGCCGAGGGGCUGGACGAGGACGAGGAGGAGGAGGAGGAAGAAGAGGAGGAGGAGGAGGACUGCGAGGAGUACGAGGACUUCUCCGAGCUGCCCGACACUUGCAGCAUCGCCUCGGACGACUCGUUCUACCCGCCGGGGCUGGCGGACGACGAGGAGGACCGCUGGUCCCUGGAGGGGCGCGACAGCCCCGAGGCGCUCAGCCUCUUCCGCGCCUGCUGCACCAACAACACCGUCGUGCUCAAGGCGCUCAUCCGCCAAGGCCCCGAGGAGGAGGAGGUGCGGGAGGCCGACCGCAACCGCCGGAAUGGUCUUAUCAUUGCCUGUUACCAAGGUUAUGUGGAUAUUGUGAUAGCCUUAGCACAAUGCCCUCACCUUGAUGUGAACUGGCAGGACAACGAAGGGAACACGGCUCUAAUUACAGCUGCACAGGCAGGGCACAUAACCAUUACAAACUAUUUAUUGAACUAUUUUCCUGGGCUUGAUAUUGAGAAGAGGAACGUGUUUGGAUUCACAGCACUGAUGAAAUCUGCGAUGCAGGGUCGAACUGAAUGUGUGAAAGCCUUGAUGUUGGCAGGGGCAAAUGUUCAUGCGACUGACCCAAGCCGUGGACUGACUUCAUGGGAAUGGGCUUGUUACACAGGAAGGUCAGAAGCUGCCUUCAUCAUGCAAAAGCUGAUGGACAGGCCAUGCCCGGAACAGUUUUGUGAUCAAUAUAAACCAGAAUGGCCAAAGAUGAAGGAACUUCUUGCCAAGGCUGCAGAGCCAAAAAGCUGUUUGCAGAGGAUUUCUGAGUGCAUGAGGGCAGCUGUCACAUUCCGGUCUUUCUGUGGCCCAGAAGAAGACGGGGUCCUUGAUCACAUGGUGAAGGUGACAACAAGCUUGAGCAGUCCUUUCAUUGCUCUGUCAUGCCGGACUGUGUGCCCAGGCAGCCCGCCUUCUGUGGGGAAGCGCAGGCUGGCCGUGCAAGAAAUCCUUAGGAAGCAGAGAGCCGAGGAGAUCCGAUCUCAGGACAAAGACCACUUUAGCAGCUACGAGAAGCUAUUUCAGAACUCCAAAGUCACGCUGAUCCCCAGGAAGAAGGACCGGCGAGCCAGCCUGCAGCCCAUCAGCCUUGCAGUCUCUCAGGUGAACACCAUAGCCACUAGGAAAACAAGCCUCUUGCCGCUGCACCUACUUAGACGGAGCAGCGUCAGGCCGGGAUUUGUCAUCCCCAAAGUCCGUAUCAGCAAGGCUCCUCCACCCACCUUCCAGCCAGAGAAGGCGAGAAGGAGAAGCAGUGCAAAGGAUGACCCCUAUUUGCAGAUUCCCAAGUGGAGAUACAAGGAGCUAAAAGAGGAGCGGAAGAAGGCAGAGGAACAGGAGAAGAAAAGAGCAGCAGAGGCUCAAAAGCAGAGGCAGGUGUCUCCUGCCAGAUCCAGGACUUGAUUUAAAGGCAGUUGCUUAGAAGGUUUUAGAGCCGUUAGUCGUGUUAUCUGACCAGGAUAACAGGCUGCAUGCCUUUGUGCAUGCCCACUGCUCACAGAGCUGGAAUACUGAAUAAUGGCCUUUAAGGUGCAGAAACAGAGCAAUGCCUAUGCCACAGUGUGUCUGAUGGUGGAACGUGAAGCUGUUUUGAGGUGGAAGACUUACUGAGUUUACCUGUUUGCUGUUGAUAGGAAGUUUUAAGUGGUGUAGUCCAUUUGCGGUUUUCUUUUUUUCCAGUUCCAGGUGAAUGACUGAGAAACAGCUUGAAUAACAACAUGUGUGGGAGAGGAUCAUAUUUUGCAUUUGUUCAUUUUGUAACGGACAAAACUAAGGAGUUGUCCUUUUGACACUAGGCAUUCCUCCCUCUCCUUGCUUAGGUAGACAUCUUGCAAGGUUUUAUAGUAAUAAUGAAAAGUUUAAAAUGUACCGCAGUGUUGGUGGGCAGUGAAAAUCCAGGUCUACAAUUGUUUUGAAUAUACUAAGCACUUUAUUUUAAUUCCAGUAAUCAAAGUUAAGACAGGAUAGGUAUUAAACUGUACGGCUCUGUACGGUCUGUAUGGAUGCAGUUCUUAAUGCUGUUGUUUGUCUGUUGAAUAUAAAAAGGGCUGCAUAUGAAAUAUUUUUGUUGUUGAGGUAUUCACAUCCUCUGCAAGUAUAAAUCAGGGGCAGGGACUGAUUUCUUUAGAGCAACAGAGAAGCUGAGCUAAUUUUUGAAUGCCACCGUCACCUAAGAUUUGCCUCCCCCAUUAAGUUUCCCUGUAUCCACUAUCUGUUGUCUCCUCUUUAGUCUCAGGGAUUUUUUGUCACUGGGUUUAACUGUGAAAUAAGGGAGAUGUUGAGCCACGGGUGGGCUUUUUUUCAGGUUGAAAUUUUAAGUUCCUGUUAAAAAAACCUACCGGGUUUAUUGUGAGCCUUUCCAUAUUAUAGCCAGGACAGGAAAAUUAUGCAGCUUCCAGAAGUUCAAGCAAUUUCCCCAGGCAUCAAGUAAGUCCAGCCAUAUGCUAUGAACAUCCAGACAGAGAUGUAGUGUCAGGCAGCUCAGCCACUAAUGUUUGGAAACCCUGGCCAGAUGUCAUCGUGAGCUUUGGUAGCAUGCCUCUGGGUUCCCGGAGAGGGCAGUACCUCUGUCUCAACACUGGGAGAAAGCCUUCCCUAGUGCAUGAGUGCAUCUCAGAGUGGCAGUUCCCACAGGUUAAUGCAGGUUCUUGUAGUCCGUGUUAAGGUGUCAUUUGGUUUUACCAGCAGCCAGUCUGAGCGGCAUGCCAAACCCUGGCAAAUUCUGUAUUUGCUGUAUGUUUUCAGCAGGGCUGUAAACCUGAUGCUUGCUGAAGAAAGAUCACAUUCAUGAAGGUAUAGGACAAACGUGAACAGCAAGUACAGCACAUGCUCAGGCUAUGUGUUUUGCUCAGGCUUUGCUCCCAUUUGAAAUGAAAUGUGCUGAAGUGUGUCCUCCUGAUGGUGUGGCUCUGCUGGAGCCCAGAGAGACCACAGUGGCUGCUGUCACCAGCUUCUCCCUUCAGUUAAAGAGGGGAAAACUUUUCCAUCAGUUACUCCCACAGCACAAAGGCUGGCCACGGUCUCACUGAACUUGUAAUGAAACUGUGCAUGUCAUGGGAGAAAUAAAUUCAGUUGAUUGAAAACUAGUGCCCAGGUUAGUAUUGCUAGCUAGCGUCUGCAGGGUCAGGGCUUGACAGAGGUUACGGCAGACACGUGAAACAAGAAUUUUUUCCAUGCAGUCUGGUCUUUGUACCUCUUGCUGGAGUAGCUGUGCUGGCUAGAAUGCAUUGCCAGGUCAGAGUUGGAGGAAUAUGCACCUGCUAAUAAACCUCCCCAGCCCUGUUAAUACAAAGAGGAUUUUAGUCUGCAAGUAAAUCAGUGCUGUGCAAUUCAUAGGCACCAAUUUUGUAAUGGAUUUGGUGUGACCAGAAUAUAAGCUGAAUGCAUUUCUUUGGAGAGGAGGAAGACAAUCUUUUAGUUGUCUGUGGCAAAGAUAUCAGGAUGGAUUUUUUUUUUUAAGUGGUACAGUGGAUUGAAUGGUUUAACUAUGAAUUUUUGUUUACUGCCAGCCCAGUGUACUAAAGAUUUAGCAUUCAGAUUCAGUAUCUGAAAAGCAACCUGUGCUGCAGGUGAGCACUUGAAUUUACACUCUCAGUAGCACUUGCAGGAGACAUACAAUUGACAGGUGCUCUCAGGGAUUAACGAACAGUACGUUAGAAUUAGGGGCUGAAAAAUGAAGCCUGUUUUCUAACCCUUUGUAUUUUACUGUGUAUAUGUGUAUAAAUAUGUGAUAUUUCCAUUAAAA